UGCCCCCUUUUGGGGCUUUUUUUCCCUUUUUUCCUUUUUUUCUUCAUUUUUUUGUAAAGACGCCUGGAGCGGCCGGACUUGUCCUGCGCUGUUUAAUGGGUGCGGGGGGUGCCCCGCUCUGCCCUGGGGGGGCCGCGUCUCCCCGCCGAUGGCAGUGCCCCGAACCGCACCACUCGGAUUGGGGGUCCACUUUUUUUUACGUACGGAUGGAAAUGGGAUAUUUUUCAUAGAAGAGCAUUAAUGGGGAAAGGGUUGGAAGCGGCAAUGGGGGGGGGGGGGGACGGAUGGACUUUUUUUUUAGGUUUUGGAGUUUUUUUUGAUUAAAAUGCUUUUGGGUGACGUUGUGGGGGUGCGGUGGGUUGGUGGCCCCCUGUCCCUCGGGGUGAUGUCACGUGGCUGUGUGACGUCACACGGGGAGCCCUCAGGGUGCCCCAUCACAUCCGCUGUCCCCCAUCGCGACGUCCCAGCGCUGUGCCUGGUUCCGGGGGGUCACAGUGCCCGUGUGCCCCCGCGGGGCUGACCUGUGCUGCACGACCUGGGCUGGCUGUCCCAGGUCCCUCGGUGAUGUCACACCCACCCGUAUGAUGUCACAGCAGCGCCAGCUCCCACCCACCGGUGCCAUCACACUGUGCCACACACGUGGGUGUGACGUCACGACAGCCACCACGCGUCCAGCAGUGAUGUCACACAUCUGUACAAUGCCAUGCAUGACGUCACACUGGACACGGCUGCGAUGGGUGACACCAGGCCGUCCGCCCGCGGUGUCACAGCUCUCACCCCCACUGAGUGGCUCUGCGAUGUCCCCUCGGCGCCAAGGACAGCGCAGCCGCUGGCAGGGACCUUUAUUGGGGCCGGGGGGGGGGAGGGCGGGGGAUGCAUGCUGGGUGGUAUGGGGAGAAGCGGGGGCUCCUCGGCGGCGGGGGGGGCUCGGCAGGGGGAGUCCAGGAGGACCUGCAAGCAAGGAGAGAGCAGAGCGGUCAGUGGUGUGCGCGGGGCUGCCUGCGCCCUGCACCCAGCUGCUACAGCCUGCACCUUUUCCAUGCCUGCCUGCACCCUGCUCCUGCACCUCACAUCUUGUACCUUGCACCCUCGUCCUGAGCCCUGCACCCCGCUCCUGCACUCUGCUUUUGCAUCCUGCACCUUCUCCGUGCCCUGCCUGCUCCCUGUCCCUGCAAUUUCUACAGCUCCCUCCACCUGGGCUCCUUGUCCCCUGCCUGCCCCCGCUCUGUCCAUGCAGCUGGGGCACUAUAAGCCCUUGGGGUCGGGGGGCUCAGACCUCCAUCCUGGACACUCCAGGGUCAAAGGACUUCGGUGGAAGCAGAAUCCAGCACAGCUUGGCUGGAGCCCACACAAAGAUGAGACCCUGUGUGGAUCACCCAGUGAGGCAGCCCUAAUGACCCUCACAGCCCUGAUGAGCUCCACAGUCCCUGCAAUUUGUAGCUGCAUCUCUGCUUCAUCCUCACUGAAUUUUCAUUGCAGCCCCAUCAUAUCCCCAAUCCAUUCCCUCUACAUCCUUAUAGAAUCCUUAUUGCAGCCCUACUUCAGCCCUGUGCAUGUCCAUUUCAACCCACUGCACCUCACUGCAAGUCCAUUGCAUCCCAAGACCAUCCCCGCUACUGAAUUUCAAAUGCAUCACUACCACAGUCCCACUGCACCCUCACUGAAACCCAACUGCAGCCCUCCUAAAAUCCCGCUGUCUCCCUAUAGCAUCCCCACUUCACCUGUAUGAGAUCUUAGUUGCAUUCCAGUCAUCCCUGUUCCAUCCCCACUGCAUCCCAGUUGCAUCUCCAGUGUUUUCCUGGUGCACUCCCAGUUCAAUCCCCAGUGCGUCCCUAUUCCACCCCCCCCAUCCCAGUUGUGCUCCCAAGUGCAGUCCCAUUCCAUUCCUAUUCCAUCCCAGCUGCAUCCCGAGUUGCAUUCUCAGUGCAUCCCCCUUCCAUCCCAGGUUGUAACCCCACUGCAUCCCCUCUUCCAGCCCCUCUUCUCCCACCCGCAGCCUCACUGCCUCCCCCACCCCCAUCGCUGCGCGGAGCCGGGGGGGGCAGUGGGUUACCACAGCUGCUGACCCCAGGGCCGUGGGGCCAUUCCCCGCUCCCCGCGCACCCCCGGCACCCCCAGCCCCACAGCCCGGCGCCGUGGGCGCUUUUAAAUUUCCCUUUUCCUGCCAGGAGACUGUGACACAGGCUUUUAAAAAUAGCAUGUGCUGAGGCGAGGCGUUUGGGGUGGUGUUGCUAAGGGAGAAAUUCAAUUCAAAUCUAGGGCUUCGCCUUCCCCGCCGUUCCUAUGCUAACUACUACGGAGCGCCUGCAGAAUUAGGGCAGGCAGCGCUGCUGAGCUCCUGCAAGGAGAGCUCCAUCGCAGCAGCCCAGCGGGACAGGGGGGAAGGAUGCUGGGAGCAGGAAGGAGCGGGCUUUGGGGAUGGGGAUG